CCAGAGGGGGCGCUGAGCUCAGAGCUGCCGCAGCGCCGGAGCCGGAACAGAGAGCGCAAGCUAGCAGGGCGCGAGGAACUAGCUGUGGCUGGGCGACGCACCCUAGACCUGGCACUGCUGAGACCCUGCUCAGGGCCCGCAACUGAGCGCCCGGCCACGGCCCGAUUCCCUAUCGGCUUCGAGUCCAUCCCGGCACGGCCUAGCCGAGCACCCGCGUCCAUCUGCCGCAGCCACCGCUCCAUCCCCUGCCCGGGCCCCACAUCCAGGCCGCCAGGAUGGACGUGUUUAUGAAGGGCCUGUCCAUGGCCAAGGAGGGCGUUGUGGCUGCCGCGGAGAAAACCAAGCAGGGGGUCACUGAGGCAGCAGAGAAGACCAAGGAGGGCGUCCUCUACGUUGGAAGCAAGACCCGAGAAGGGGUGGUACAAGGUGUGGCUUCAGUGGCUGAGAAAACCAAGGAGCAGGCCUCACAUCUGGGAGGAGCUGUGUUCUCUGGGGCUGGCAACAUUGCUGCGGCCACAGGCCUGGUGAAGAAGGAGGAAUUCCCCACCACUAUGAAGCCAGAGGAAGUGGCCCAGGAAGCUGCUGAGGAGCCACUGAUUGAGCCCCUGAUGGAGCCAGAAGGGGAAAGUUAUGAGGAAACACCCCAGGAGGAAUAUCAGGAGUAUGAGCCAGAGGCAUAAGGGCCCAGGACGGCCCCCCACCAGCAGCACAACUACCCCCCUGUCCCUGCCCCAUCCCCCAGAGCCAGGGCUGUCCUUCUAUCCCUUUCCCCCAAACACGAGAUCUUCCUUCUGCUCUGAGGCGACCCCUCGGAGCCUGUGUUAGUGUUUGUUCAUCUGUCUGUCUCACCCGCCCGCGUCCAACCCUGGGGCGUGAAUAGGACUAGGGCUGCAGCCGCGGCU